AUGUCAAUUUUGAUAAGUGGUUUACCAACUAAACCAUUUAAGAUUGAGAGGGGUUUGAGACAAGGUGAUCCACUGUUUUCAUUAUUGUUUGUUCUGGUUGUUGAUAUUCUGCAUAGGAUGGUAGGGGAGGUAGUCAGAAACAAACAUAUUUCGCAUUUGCUGGUUGGCAAGGAUAAUAUAGAGUUAUCACAUCUUCAAGAUGACACUAUAUUGUUCUGCCCACCAGAGGAGGAGACCAUCAGAAACUAUGCCAGAUUGCUGAGGUUCUUUGAGAUGAUGUCGGGAUUAAGCAUAAACUUCAAUAAAUCUAGUCUUAUCCCAAUCAACUGUGAACAGCCAUGGACUCACAAUAUGUGUAACUUAUUGGGAUGUAAGGUGGCGAACCUUCCAAUGAGAUACCUGGGCAUUUCUUUAAGAGCGAACCCAAGGCAGGUCAGCACUUGGAAACCGAUAAUUGAUAAGGUAGAGGAGAAGCUUAGUCUGUGGAAGGCAAAAGUCCUUAACAAAGCGGGCAAGUUAGUCCUGAUUAAGUUUAUGUUGAAUAGCUUGCCGGUGUACUAUUUGAGUCUGUAUAAGAUGCUGAAGGCAGUGGUAGAAAUGUUGAUUUCGUUGCAGAGAAAAUUCCUAUGGAGUAAGUGA